GUAAUUAACAACCUUGUACUGGUGACAUUUGCGGAUCGGAAAUGGAAACAGGGCUAUACUGCUCUGCACUGGGCCGCCAAACAUGGUAAUGAAGAUGUGGUUAAGCUAAUUGCCGGAACCCAUAAGGCCGAUGUUAACGCCAGAACCAACGGGGGUUAUACACCUCUUCACUUGGCCACACAAUUUGGCAGAGAUAACAUCUUUGAAUUGCUUUGGAACACAUAUAAGGCCAAUCGUGACAUAAUGGACUGGAGUGGCAACAAGCCCCUGGACUACAGUCGCCAGCGCUCCAGUGUUUCGGCAUCCACGUGCAGCAAAAUCAAGGCUCGCAAAAAGCAUACCAUCGAAAAAGAUUUGGGCUUCCUACGGAUUGGUUCACUGAAUGUCCGGGUAAAGAAGACAACCGAGGCUUUCAGCAAUUUCUUGGGAGUGGGCAAUGGCAGUGGGGUAGCCCCGAUGGGUUACGGCAAUGGCGGGGGAACGGGAGCAGCAAGUCGCCCUCACCAUCGGUCUCACCGAGUCCCUCAUCCGCGUCAUCAUUAUCACGCUGGUACGACACGGAAUCGCCAUCCGAAUCAGAGGGCAGCGAUGAGCACACCCUACGGAACGAACGGGGUGGCCCCAUCGAGGGCGAGCGUACCCAAUAACCGUAACAUCUACGACGGAGUGCACAAGUCGUGGGGAUCGGCGGAUAACAUAACCCAACGAUCCGACGAACUAAUGCCGCCACCCAAAUCUGUGGAUUAUAUUAGCAAGCGGAAUAAGUCCUCGAAGCGAUCCUCAUAUGCCUCCAAUGCCACCGAUUCACCCCGUGACUCCAUUUGCUCCUCGCACUCCAGCUCCAACCUGAACAGUGGAUAUAGCAGCAUGCCCACUACUCCGAAUCAAGUGCGUGCCCCCAAGGGGAUUGGCCCAUCGUUUGUCAUGGAUUCCGACUCGGACUCGGCCUGUGGUUUCGAUUCCAGUUGGUCCGUGAACUUGCGCGGAUCCUCGAGCAGCAAUCCAUCACAAUCUUGAUUCCUACAUACAUCCAUACAUCGCCUACCUUGAAGGCUAAAACUUAAAACAUUGACCAUAUAAUCGGAAAAGUAUUUGUGUUUUAUUCAACUAACUUAUUUAAUAAUUAAUAUUUU